GCUGCCUCUUCGUUAGACUGGGAGGCAGAGCCGGAGCCGUGCCCAGGCCCAGCGGGGGCUGCAGCCUGAGCCCGGCGGUGUCCUCCGCCUGCCCCCUCGCCCUCCUCAGCCUCGGUGCCUUGGAAUUUGUGUUGCUGAGUCAGCAAGCCUUUCAGAUUUGCCCGGUUUUUGUUGUUGGCAUUUUAUAACAAGAUGGGAACUCAAACAAGUCAUUCCUCCUAAGGAUCUGGUCUCUCCAUCAAGAAGGCACAGUUUGUGCCAGCUCUCCAGAGAGAAAAGAUAAAUUCAAGUGGCUUCCUGCCAGCAGCUUCUCCUGUUUAACCAGUCUUAGAAGAUGCUUUCCGCCUUCAGACGUGCUUUAUGGGAUGAAGGACACGAGUCACGGUUUCUGCAUUUGAACUGGAAAUUUUAGUUUCUUUUGUUACUUGAACCUUUACUGGAUGCCUCCUUUUUGUCAAGCCCCAUGCUCAGUGCUGGGGGUACGGUGACCAGGCACAAAAGCUCUGUCUUCCAGGAGCUCAUUGUUUGGUAGAAAAGAUAAACCAUAGACAGUGACAAGGUGUUGUCAGUGUGAUACAUGUUGAGGAGUGGAUAAUCACAGGGCGGAGCCCACCCCACCCUUGCCCAGGAGGGAAGGUCCAGAAGCCUCCAGAAGAUGAUAGCUAAGGUUGUGAAGAAGGAGUAGGACCCAGGAAGUAGGGGGCAGAGCCUGGCAGAGGAGUCAGUAUACGCAAAGUCGUGAAGAAACCUGGCAUGUCUGGGUCACCGUAAGCAGCUCAAUGUGGCUGAAGCGACAGCGUGCGGAUGCGGGGCCGAGAAGCCUGGAAAGGUCUCCUGGAAGCGCUGGGCAAUGGACCUGAGACUCGAGCCCAGAGUGGUCUGAAGCCGUUGGGGAAAACAGAGGGAGUCCUGGGGAAGAUGGCCAUGGCCCCAAGCCCUUCCCUGGCUCAGGUGUACACCAGCCCGGUGGCAGUGGCCGUGUGGGAAUGGCAGGACGGGCUGGGCACCUGGCACCCCUACAGCGCCACUGUUUGCAGCUACAUCGAGCAGCAGUUUGUCCAGCAGAAGGGCCAGCGCUUCGGGCUGGGGAGCCUGGCCCACAGCAUCCCCUUAGGCCAAGCUGACCCCUCACUGGCUCCUUAUAUCAUCGACCUCCCCAGCUGGACGCAGUUCCGCCAGGACACUGGCACCAUGCGGGCUGUGCGGAGGCACCUAUUUCCCCAGCACUCGGCCCCGGGCCUGGGCAUCGUCUGGGAGUGGCUGAGUGACGACGGCUCCUGGACGGCGUAUGAAGCCAGCGUCUGCGACUACCUGGAGCAGCAGGUGGCCAGGGGCAACCAGCUCAUGGACUUGGCUCCCCUGGGGUACAACUAUACCGUCAACUACGCCACCCACACGCAGACCAACAAGACUUCCAGCUUCUGCCGGAGCGUGCGGCGCCAGGCAGGGCCCCCGUACCCAGUGACCACUGUCAUCGCUCCACCGGGCCACACGGGAGUGGCCUGCUCUUGCCAUCAGUGCCUCGGCGGCGGUGCAGCCGGCCCCGUGUCAGGCCGCUACCGCCACUCCAUGACCAGCCUUCCUGCCUACCCAGUCCCCCAGCCACCCCACAGGACCGCCGUUGUUUUGGGGGCCCACCAGGCCUUUGCUCCGUACAACAAACCCUCACUCUCUGGGGCCAGGUCUGCGCCCAGGCUGAGCACCACCAACCUCUGGGCUGGGGCGCUGCCCUCCCUGGGGAACCAGCCCCUCUACCGCUCCAGCCUCUCCCACCUGGGAUCUCCUCACCAGCCCCCAGGACCGUCCGCUGCCGGCGCAGCCAGUGCCUCCCUGCCCGGCGGUCCAGUGAGCAGCCCCAGGAGCGUCCCCGCCACGGUGCCCGUGCAGAUGCCGAAGCCCAGCAGGGUCCAGCAAGCUCUCGCAGGCAUGACGAGUAUUCUGAUGUCAGCCAUUGGACUCCCUGUGUGUCUUAGCCGCGCACCCCAGCCCGCCAGCCCUCCCGCCUCCUGUCUGGCCUCUAAAAGUCACAGCUCAGUUAAGAGAUUGAGGAAAAUGUCCAUGAAAGGAGGGCCUCCAAAGCCAGAGCCAGAGCAGGUGAUAAAAAACUACACAGAAGAGCUGAAGACGGCCCUGGAUGAGGACUGCAUCAUCUGUAUGGAGAAGCUGUCCAUGGCGUCCGGCUACAGCGACGUGACCGACAGCACGACCUUCGGGCCGGUGGCUGUGGGCCGCUUGGCCAAGUGCAGCCACGCCUUCCACCUGCUCUGCCUGCUGGCCAUGUACUGCAACGGGAACAAGGAUGGAAGCUUGCAGUGUCCUUCCUGCAAAACCAUCUAUGGGGAGAAAACUGGAACCCAGCCCCGGGGGAAGAUGGAGGUGUUCACGUUCCAGGUGUCCCUCCCCGGCCACGAGGACUGUGGGACAAUCCUCAUAGUCUACAACAUUCCCCAUGGCAUUCAGGGCCCGGAACACCCCAACCCUGGAAAGCCGUUCACUGCCAGAGGGUUUCCCCGCCAGUGCUACCUUCCGGACAACGCCCAGGGCCGCAAGGUCCUGGAGCUGCUGAAGGUGGCCUGGAAGAGGCGACUUAUCUUCACAGUAGGGACGUCCAGCACCACGGGGGAGACCGACACAGUGGUGUGGAACGAGAUUCACCACAAGACAGAGAUGGACCGCAACGUGACAGGCCACGGCUACCCCGACCCCAACUACCUGGAGAACGUGCUGGCCGAGCUGGCCGCCCAGGGGGUGACUGAGGACUGCCUGGGGCAGCAGUGACCUGGGGCGCAGGCGUGCUCCCCCCGAGCCCAGGCCACUCCUGCCUGCCUGGCCCCGUCCCCCGUCCCCACCAGGCCCGGGUCUGCGUGGGAACUGGGCGAGCCUGGGAGUCAUACUUGGGAGGGCUUCGGAUGCAGCUACCUCAGUGCGUGGGCCCCUCCGUCCUCGGUGGGCCACGUUGGGCCCUCGGUGCCGGGGGCCCUGCAGGGGGUGAGGAGAGACUGCCUGCUGCGCCCCCAGCCAGGGGCGGGCCUGGGUCUGGGUCAGCUUCUCAUACCUCAGACGUUCUGUUUGCAAUAAAUGCCCUAUAGCCAAAGUCAGCGGGCCCUGGUGGGUUUCUCAGUGGAGAGGCUGCGUGUGUGUGCACGUGUGUAUGUGUGUGUGUGUAAAAUCUGAUGUGUGAAGGCCAGCACACACGUCCUGCUGCAUCACAACAGGAAGGGGCCUUACAGGCUGCCCAUCCUACCCCCUAAAUGAAGAAACCGAGGCUGCAGUGAGGCCAGGAGCCGGGCACUGCCCUGAGCUGCUCCCCGGGCCCCGUCCCCGUUCUCCUUGCAGUGCGCAGUCCAGCAGCUCCGCCAGGGCCCCUCCCGUUUCCUUCCCCAGGGUUCUGGCUUUCUAAGCGCUGCUCACAUGGGCCAGGUGCUGCUGUCUUCAUUUUACAGGUGAGGAAACAGGUUCAAGGGUACAGUGACUAGCGGUAGAGCCGGGACUGGAAUCCCGGACAGGAUUGCUCUGACCCCAUCCUCAGAGCUCUCAUCCUUCCCAGCCUUCUUAGAAGGAGGAUCCAGUACUCGCAGGCUUGCUGUCUGCCUGGCGGGGGCGAGGUGGCCUGGGACUGAAGUGACGGUAACGGAUGUGGGGGAGGCGGUUUGCUUUCACAAGCCCUUCUCUUCAUAAGAAAAGGACUGGAAUUCUAUGUUAGGACGCGCUGGUACAAAGAUGAAUAUAUGUUAGAGCAUUUUCUUUCAUCUAGAA